AUGCAGAAAGAGGAUGUAUAUUCAGAUGAGAAAGACCAAUUCGAACAUUGUGAUGCACUGAGGAAUGAGGAGGGAAAGCAUCCAUAUAAAGGGAGAAAUACUUCUGGUCUUGUAUCAGAAGGAGAAUCUCUACCGCAAAAAAUCUACAAACAACAGAAUGGGAAUAAGUGCACUGCAAGCAGGGAAAUUCUUAAUAUCCAAUGGAACACCUAUGGCGGAAGAAAAAUCUAUAAAUGCCUGGAGUGUGAGAAAAUAUUCAAGCGAAAACGCUCAUUAACUUUCCAUCACAGGAUUCAUACUGGUGAGAAACCAUUUAAAUGCCUGGAAUGUGGGAAAAGCUUCAGUCACAGUUCGAAUUUUACUGUCCAUCAAAGAAUUCACAGGGAGGAGAAGCCAUAUAAAUGCCUAGAGUGUGGAAAAAACUUCACCCGAAAACAUUUAUUAACCUCCCAUCAUAGGAUUCAUACAGGUGAGAAACCAUUUAAAUGCCUCGAGUGUGGGAGAAGUUUCAGUUGGAAUAAAAGCCUUAGUGAGCAUCAAAGAAUUCACACGGGGGAGAAACCUUAUAAAUGCCUAGAGUGUGGGAAAAGCUUCAGUUGGAAUCAAAGCCUUAGAGAGCAUCAAAGAAUUCACACAGGGGAGAAACCAUAUAAAUGCCUAGAGUGUGGGGAAAGCUUCAGUUGGAAUAAAAGCCUUAGUCAACAUCAAAGAAAUCACACAGGGGAGAAACCUUAUAAAUGCCUAGAGUGUGGGAAAAGCUUCAGUUGGAAUCAAAGCCUAAGAGAGCAUCAAAGAAUUCACACAGGGGAGAAACCUUAUAAAUGCCUAGAGUGUGGGGAAAGCUUCACUUGGAAUAAAAGCCUUAGUCAACAUCAAAGAAAUCACACAGGGGAGAAACCUUAU